GGCUUGUAUGAACUAGUGCCUCAAUCGGCUUGAGAAGUACUACGCUCAGGGUUCUGCUUCUUUUGCCUGGUUCUACCCCUGCUUUUCUCUCCUCUCCCGGAGUUCGAUGUGAUCGACACUUGGCUCUGCUUAGGGUUUCUCAGUGCGGGCGACAGCGCUUGUGAACAUGGCGGCGGAAGGGAUGAUUUUAACAAACCACGACCAUCAAAUCCGAGUCGGAGUUCUCACAGUGAGUGACAGUUGCUUCAGGAAUCUUGCUGAAGACCGCAGUGGAAUCAAUCUCAAAGACCUUGUGCAUGACCCCUCUCUGCUGGGAGGAACCAUCUCUGCCUAUAAAAUCGUCCCUGAUGAAAUUGACGAAAUUAAGGAGACCUUGGUAGACUGGUGUGAUGAGAAGGAGCUCAACCUGGUCCUGACUACUGGGGGAACUGGAUUUGCACCCCGUGAUGUCACACCUGAGGCCACUAAGGAUGUUAUUGAGCGUGAGGCUCCAGGGAUGGCUCUGGCUAUGCUGAUGGGGUCACUCAAUGUCACACCACUCGGAAUGCUGUCAAGACCUGUGUGCGGUAUCAGGGGGAAAACUCUCAUUAUCAAUUUACCUGGCAGCAAGAAGGGCUCACAGGAGUGUUUUCAGUUUAUCCUCCCUGCGCUGCCCCAUGCCAUCGACCUGCUGAGGGAUGCUGUCGUCAAGGUGAAGGAGGUCCACGAUGAGCUAGAGGACCUACCCUCACCCCCACCACCCCUCUCCCCGCCCCCCGUCAACAGCCCACACAAGCAAACGGAGGACAAGGGUGUCCAGUGCGAGGAGGAGGAUGAGGAGAAGAAGGACAGUGGAGUGGCCUCCACCGAGGACAGCUCCUCCUCACACAUUACUGCUGCUGCCAUUGCUGCCAAGAUUCCAGAGUCCAUCAUUUCCCGGGGGGUCCAGGUCCUCCCUCGGGACACAGCCUCUCUCAGCACCACACCCUCCGAGUCACCCCGCGCCCAGGCCACGUCCCGCCUCUCCACCGCCUCCUGUCCCACGCCAAAAGCCUCACGGAGAGAGUUCAGGGCUCACCUGGAUGAGGUCAUCACGCUCAAGUCAAGGUACUCUACCUUGGAUCAGGUGCAGUCACGAUGCAGCAGUAAAGAGAACAUACUGAGAGCCAGUGAGUUUUGUGUAGCCCUUACUAAUCGCAGCCACAGCGCAGUGGAUAUAACCAAGGUCGCUCGGAGGCACCGCAUGUCCCCGUUCCCCCUCACAUCCAUGGACAAGGCCUUCAUCACUGUGCUGGAGAUGACCGCCAUCCUGGGCACUGAGAUUAUCAACUACAGAGAUGGGAUGGGGCGAGUCCUGGCGCAGGACGUCUAUGCCAAAGACAACUUGCCCCCUUUCCCCGCAUCGGUUAAGGAUGGGUAUGCCGUCAGAGCUGCUGAUGGCCCUGGAGAUCGCUUUAUCAUUGGGGAGUCACAGGCAGGAGAGCAGCCCACCCACACAGUUAUGCCAGGACAGGUGAUGCGGGUGACGACAGGUGCGCCCAUUCCCUGCGGCGCUGACGCUGUGGUACAGGUGGAGGACACAGAGCUCCUCCGUGAGUCAGAGGAUGGCACAGAGGAGCUGGAGGUGCGGAUUCUGGUGCAGGCACGUCCCGGCCAGGACAUCAGGCCGAUAGGACAUGACAUCAAGCGUGGAGAGUGUGUCCUAGCCAAAGGCACCCAUAUGGGCCCCUCAGAAAUCGGCCUGCUUGCUACAGUGGGCGUCACUGAGGUUGAGGUGCAGAAGUUCCCUGUGGUAGCAGUCAUGUCCACUGGCAAUGAGCUGUUGAAUCCUGAGGAUGACCUGCACCCUGGGAAGAUUCGGGACAGUAACCGAUCCACACUGCUGGCCACCAUCCAGGAACAUGGAUACCCCACAAUUAAUCUGGGCAUCGUUGGAGACAACCCUGAUGACCUCCUUAAUGCUUUAAACGAGGGCAUCAGUCGUGCUGAUGUAAUCAUCACCUCAGGGGGCGUGUCCAUGGGAGAGAAGGACUACCUGAAGCAAGUUCUGGACAUUGACCUCCAUGCCCAGAUACACUUUGGAAGGGUCUUUAUGAAACCAGGUCUCCCCACGACAUUCGCAACCCUGGACAUGGAUGGUGCUCGCAAACUUAUUUUUGCUCUGCCAGGUAACCCCGUGUCAGCGGUUGUUACCUGCAACCUCUUUGUUAUUCCUGCACUAAGGAAGAUGCAGGGAAUCCUGGACCCUCGGCCGACUAUUAUCAAAGCCAGGUUGUCCUGUGAUGUGAAGCUCGACCCUCGUCCAGAGUACCACCGCUGCAUCCUCACCUGGCACCACCAAGAGCCACUGCCAUGGGCACAGAGCACAGGGAACCAGAUGAGCAGUCGGUUGAUGAGCAUGCGCAGCGCCAACGGUCUCCUGAUGCUACCUCCCAAAACUGAGCAAUACGUGGAGCUGCACAAAGGCGAGGUCGUGGAUGUCAUGGUCAUAGGGAGGCUAUGAUGUCAUCUCAAGGGGACGCAGAAUGGAGGGAGCGAGCAAAGAGUGGUUUACGGUGCAUGUCCACAUAUCAUUGACUAUUCUGUAAUAUGCAACGGCACAGCUAGUUUUUAUUGAUUUGGAUAAAGUUGAUUAAGUAUAGUCAACAUCUUGAACACAAAAAUAAAUGAAUUAAUACAUAUGAAAAAUGAUUUUAAAAGAUCAUAGUAUUUCAAACAAAGAAAAAUAUAACUUUUAAAGUAAAUAUAUAAGAUUCAUUCUGUAAUAUAUUAUGAUUAUUAUUAUGAUUACCAUUAUUAUUAUUAUCAUAGUAAGGCAACUUUGUUCUCUUUAAUUGCAAUUGCUUUGUGUGUUCAAUGCUAGACCUUAUAGAUAGCAGUAGCAUUUUAAUAGAAAGUUGUAGGUGCCUGUCAGGAAAAAAGGAAAGGUUAUUUUCUCAUCUUAUGUAAAAAUACAUUUUUGAAAAUAAAUUUUAAUAACACGUAAAUUUAUCACAGAUUCCCACAUUGUUCUCAUAGGUGAGAGCACUUUCUGCUUCCUUUCUGACUAGCAGUUAGGUGACACAUCUAUUUUCCCCUUAUUAGUAUGCUUCUUAAUUGCUUCACAAAGAGCUUUGCUUGUUGUUUAUCUUGUGAGUCGUGUAUAUGUGCGCAGUGCCAAAUGCUUUGGCAGGGGCAAGGUUGUGGGGUCAUUUUCCAGGUAGCCCAGACCCAUAGGCUUCCUUUUUGUCACCUGAUCUGGUACAGCUCUACCCCCGAUCCCCUGGAGGCAGGAUCACUGGAAAACAAUCUUUUAUUUGAUUUAUUUGGACUUGAAAAAGAAUAAAAAGAAUGAACAGCUUCUUUCCAUGCUGACAGCAUUUUUAAUCAACUACACAAAAAAUGUACAUAAAAAAGAACAAUAUUGUACAGAUAUACGUGACCAGCACUCCUGAUCCAACUAUUAAGCUACGAGGUGAUAUUGAACAACUGAAUACUAUAACAUUUUCUGUAAUGAUAUUGAAACUGAUAAGACAGAAAUUAAAAUCCUUGAUCAUUAUGUAAAAAAAUCCUUGUUGGGUUUUU